GGUCACUCUAAGGACACCCCAAGGUCCCGAGGCCGCCCAGGGAAGCUCCAAGAUGGUCCUGAGGAGAUCCCGGGUCCCCUGCGCGGGAAUCGCCUUCGCCCUCUGCCUCCAGCACCUCGUCAGCGCCAUCGAGGUCCCGCUGGACCUGCCGCAGCCGCCCACCAUCACCAAGCAAUCCAUCAAGGAUUACAUCGUGGAUCCCCGAGACAACAUCUUCAUCGAGUGCGAGGGCAAAGGCAAUCCCGAUCCCACGGAGGGAUUUGAAGAGUCCCCGCUGUGGCCCAAGGAGAAGGUGGAUGUGAUCGAGGUGGACGAAGGAGCUCCCCUGAGCCUCCAGUGCAACCCCCCGCCCGGCCUCCCCGAGCCCGUCAUCUUCUGGAUGAGCAGCGCCAUGGAGCCGAUCCCGCAGGACAAGAGGGUGUCACAGGGUCACAACGGGGACCUUUAUUUCGCCAACGUUCUGGCGCAGGACGCGCUGACCGACUACAGCUGCAACGCCCGUUUCCACUUCACCCACACCAUCCAGCAGAAAAACCCCUACACCCUCCGCGUCAAAACCAAGAAGCCCCAUAACGAAACGUCCUUGCGACUCACCCCCGCCGGGUACCGCGCCCGAGGGAUCACGGAAACCACUCCCAGCUUCAUGUACCCGUACGGRACGUCCAGCAGCCAGAUGGUGCUGCGGGGGGUGGAUCUCCUGCUGGAAUGCAUCGCCUCCGGAGUACCAGCGCCGGACAUCAUGUGGUACAAGAAAGGCGGAGAGCUCCCGGCCGGCAAAACCAAGCUGGAGAACUUCAACAAAGCCCUGCGCAUCUCCAAUGUGUCCGAGGAGGAUUCCGGGGAAUAUUUCUGCCUGGCCUCCAACAAGAUGGGCAGCAUCCGCCACACGAUCUCGGUGAGAGUGAAGGCUGCCCCCUAUUGGCUGGAUGAGCCGGAGAAUCUGAUCCUGGCUCCGGGUGAGGAUGGCCGGCUUGUGUGCCGGGCCAACGGCAACCCCAAACCGUCCAUCCAGUGGUUGGUGAAUGGAGAGCCCAUCGAAGCGUCUCCGCCCAACCCGAGCCGGGAGGUGGCCGGGGACACCAUCGUGUUCCGGGAUACGCAGAUCGGCAGCAGCGCCGUGUACCAGUGCAACGCCUCCAAUGAGCACGGCUACCUGCUGGCCAACGCCUUCGUCAGCGUGCUGGAUGUUGUCCCCCGGAUCCUGGCCCCYCGGAACCAGCUGAUCAGAGUGAUCCAGAACAACCACACCCGCCUGGAUUGUCCCUUUUUCGGCUCCCCCAUCCCCACCCUGCGCUGGUUUAAGAACGGCCAGGGGAACACGCUGGACGGAGGCAACUACAAAGCGCACGAGAACGGGAGUUUGGAGAUGUUCAUGGCACGCAAAGAGGACCAGGGAAUCUACACCUGYGUGGCCACCAACAUCCUGGGCAAGGCCGAGGCACAGGUCCGCCUGGAGGUCAAAGACCCCACCAGGAUCGUGCGGGGCCCCGAGGAUCAGGUGGUCAAGAGGGGCACCAUGCCCCGGCUGCACUGCCGYGUCAAGCACGACCCCACGCUGCGGCUCACGGUCACCUGGCUGAAGGACGACGCCCCACUGUACCUGGGGAGCAGGAUGAAGAAGGAGGAGGACGGGCUGACCAUCUUUGGAGUGGCCGAGAAGGACCAGGGCGAUUACACGUGCGUGGCCAGCACGGAGCUGGACAAGGACUCGGCCAAGGCUUAUCUCACCGUGCUGGCCAUCCCCGCUAACCGCCUGAGGGAUUUGCCCAAAGAACGACCCGACCGACCCCGGGACUUGGAGCUGACCGACCUGGCUGAGAGGAGCGUGCGGCUGACGUGGAUCCCCGGUGAUGACAACAACAGCCCCAUCACGGACUACAUCGUGCAGUUCGAGGAGGAUCGCUUCCAGCCGGGAAUGUGGCACAACCACUCCAGGUAUCCCGGCAGCGUCAAUUCGGCCGUGCUGAGCCUCUCGCCCUACGUGAAUUACCAAUUUCGGGUSAUCGCCGUCAACGAUGUGGGGAGCAGCGUGCCCAGUUUGCCCUCCGAGCGCUACCAGACCAACGGGGCACGUCCUGAAAUAAAUCCGACCGGAGUUCAAGGCGCAGGGACCCAAAAAAACAACAUGGAGAUAACGUGGACUGCCUACGGUCCCAACCUGCGCUACAUCGUGCGGUGGCGGCGGCGGGAGCCCCGCGGGAGUUGGUACAACGAGACGGUGCGGGGAGCGCGGCACGUGGUGUGGAACACCCCCAUCUACGUCCCCUACGAGAUCAAAGUGCAGGCAGAGAAUGAUUUCGGCCGUGCCCCCGAGCCUGACACCUACAUCGGAUAUUCCGGGGAGGAUUAUCCCAAAGCUGCGCCCACGGAUGUCCGGAUCAGAGUCCUAAACAGCACUGCCAUAGCUCUGACCUGGACCCGGGUGCACUUGGACACCAUCCAGGGACAGCUCAAGGAGUACCGAGCCUAUUUCUGGCGRGACAGCAGCUUGCUGAAGAACCUGUGGGUGUCCCGAAAACGGCAAUUUGUGAGUUUUCCCGGGGAUCGGAACCGGGGCGUGGUGUCCCGGCUUUUCCCGUACAGCAACUACAAACUGGAGAUGGUGGUGACCAAUGGCCGGGGUGACGGUCCCCGCAGCGAGCUCAAGGAAUUCCCAACCCCAGAAGGAGUGCCCAGCUCCCCGCGGUACCUGCGGAUCCGACAGCCCAACCUGGACAUCAUCAACCUGGAGUGGGAUCACCCCGAGCACCCCAAUGGGAUCCUCACGGGAUACACGCUCCGUUACCAGCCCU